AUGGUUAACGCAAUUGAAGAAGUUUUGAACGAUUUAGGUUGGAAUGAUGGCUUUCGUAUUCCAAUUGCCAAUGCGGAAAAUAAGCAGCUGGAAGAGGAAAUUGAACGUAAAUCUCGCCUUCGAGCAUCGCUCAAAUCGCAGUUGGAAAACACUCUCGAGCGUAUCCAGGACAUCCGCAAGCAUGCAUCAGACGUCAAGCAAGAGCAAAAACAUAAUCAAAAACUUUUGUCUGCACAUUCGACUCAGGUUGAGACAGAAAACCAUCUUUACCGUCUCUCUCAGAGCGAAGAAUCGAAACUGGCUCAGGAGAUGAAACAGCGUGAAAAACAGACGCGAGAACUGAACGACAAGAUCAUUAUGAUGAAGCAAAAUGUCGUAAAGUUGACGAAGAAGCUGGAGAACACUAAAAGAAAUAUACAAUUGGACAAGGAUAGGCUAUUGAGUUGGGAAGAAAAGUUGAAUAAGAAAGAAGAGAAGAAUAUGAUAAUCGAGCAACUUGUCAAGUCGGAUGAAAAAGAUUUCAAGAAAAUAGAGUUGGAACGACAGCAGCUCAGUGAAAAAGCCGAAAUUUACCGACAAACUGUGAUUAAAUCCGUCGGGGAUAUUCAAGAAUUAGAGUUGACACUGGAAAGAACAACGCAUCUGUACAGCCAAGCGGUCAAGGAUCGUCGUCAAUUGAUGGACCAAUGGACUCAGAGCGUUAACGUGCUUACGCAACGCGAUAAAGCCAUUUACGAUGCACUCCAAGAAAUUAAUUUCUUACGCGAAGUCGCAAAAGAGAGAAUGGACGUUUAUCAGGAUGCCGAGCGAUUUUUAUCGAUUCAAGAGAAUGAAAAUAAGGAACUUGAGGACAGCAUCAAGCAAUUGGAAAGAGAUCUCUCAUACGUCAGAGAAGAACGUCAAAAAUUGUCUAGCAUAAUCGAUUCGUACACAAUAGAAUUGUAUGUCCGGCAAAAACAUUUGCAAGAAUUGGCGCGACGCAUCCAAGACACUCGAGCAAACUUGAAGCGCAAGCGCAGCGAAGUCGGGGACAAAAGAGCGAAAGUGCAAGAAUGUACAAAAAGGAUUGAAGAUCUGAAGGAGACCUUGAAAAAUAUCGACGGUCAAAAGAUGAAUAUCGAGGAGAGAACCUUCCAGUUGCAAGAUAUGCUGGAGAAAGAAGAGAAACGAAAGCUCGCCAUCCUGAAGGAGAUCAAGCGUCAGCAAGCCCUAAUUCUGCGUACGACAACGCAGUUUAGCGAGCUGGAAGGCGAGCACAAAGUGCUGUUACUUCGCCAUCAGGGAGAAGCCAAAGAAUGGGAUCAGCUAUUAGCUGAGCAGGCCAAAGAAGAAAAGUCGAUCAAAGACAAGCGAGAAAGCGCGUAUCACAUCGAUGUCGAACUACAAAAGUGCGAGAUGAGGCUGGCUAACAUUCUUGGACAAGAGAGAGAUAAAGAUGAAUUAGAAGCCAAGCACCAAAGAUCGAAGCAUUUGCAAAAGAUUCUGCAGGAGAAGACCGAGACCAUCAAGACAUUACAAGGUCAAUUGGCUCAAGUUGAGAACGAAGCACGGAAAAUAUCAAACUCGAUAGCAACUAAUAACGAGGAGCUGCAACGUUUGAAAGGCAAGCAGCAGGAACUUUUAGUGAUGAUCGAAGGUGGAGAGAAGCAAUUAAAAGCAGCGCAAAGUAACUAUGAAGAGCGAAAGGUGGAGGAAAGUAUACUGGAAUUAAGAUUGAAAGAGGCAGGAAAAAUCGUGUCUAAGGUGGACGACAAGCUUUAUGACUUGGAGAAAUAUGCUAUUCAAAUAGAGGCUGCAAUGCAAGAGCGAAAAUCGGAUAUUAAAGUGCAAAAGGAGAGUCUAAAUCUUCAACGUAAAGUUGUGUUAAACGACUGCGCGGAGCUUCGUAUGAUGAUAGCUGAAAGGCGAUCGAGAAUACAACAACUUCAAGCUCGAUAUGAUAUCCACGUUGCCAUGUUGGGUAUUAAUCCCGAGGACGGAUCGCCCAUUACUUCUACUUACCUCGCUAUCCAAAGUGCUCAGGAACGCUAUCUCCUGAAAGAGCGUGGUGACAAGCUCAACCAAACGAUCCGCAAAGCUGAAAUGGAAAUUCGUAGUAUGGAGAAUACUUUACGGCUAGUGAACGUUUGUAACGACAAAUAUAAAUCGAGCCUGUCGCUCGUCGACGAUGACAGUGCCGAGAAAGCAGAGCAACGUAAACUCGACGAAGAGCUUCUUAACGUUCUCGAGCUGAAUAGACAAAAACAAUACGUUCUAGAUCAACUUGAACAGGAUUACAAGCGAAUGGAAGACAAUUGCGAACAACUCGAUAAAGACAUCAAAAAGAUCAAAGAUGAGAGAGAACUCAAACGUCAAACAGUUUCCAAUUUGGAACAACAGAUAACCGAGCAAAAGGAGAAAAUACUGCGAGCCGAUAAGAAUCUGCGCAAAAUUUUGAAGGACAUUCAAAACAAAUGCGUCUGUGAAUCCAGCGAAACGCUUCUGUUGCAAGAGAGAGACAUAGCAGUGCGCGAGUUACAAGAACAAAACACUCUGGCUCUGCAACGUAUCACCGAGUUUACUAUUCGACAUCUCGAGGCUGAGGCUUACGUGAAGAAGCUCCUCACCGAGCACAGCAUCAGUUUGCCGUGCACGUACUAUCUACGGCAACAGGCGACACCGAUCACUUCGAGUCGAUGUGAAAGUGCUAUCAGCUCUUCUAGAACUAGUCUAUUACAGCCGGUUUCGUCAUCGAGGGAAAGUGCUAUUCAAGGCUCGGUCGCACACUUCAAGCCUGAUUUUUCCGGUGACUUCUUUUAA